CAACCCACAACGACGGCCACGAUAUCCUGAAUUCCACGCCCGGGAGUUCAGAUUCGCCAAUUCUAUACCCGAAGACAUGGCUGCCACUCAUGGAGGAGCUAUCUCGAAGAGGAGGAAGUUCGUUGCUGACGGCGUCUUCUACGCCGAACUGAACGAAUUCUUCCAGCGCGAGCUGGCCGAGGAAGGUUACUCCGGCGUUGAAGUCCGCGUCACUCCCACCGUCACCGACAUCAUCAUCCGGGCAACCCACACACAAGAAGUCCUCGGCGAGCAGGGCCGUCGCAUCCGCGAACUCACGUCGUUGAUCCAGAAGCGCUUCAAGUUCCCCGAGAACUCCGUCUCCCUCUAUGCCGCUAAGGUGCAGAACCGUGGUCUCUCCGCCGUUGCCCAGUGCGAGUCCCUCCGAUACAAGUUACUGAACGGUCUGGCCGUCCGAAGGGCAUGCUAUGGUGUCCUUAGGUUCAUCAUGGAGAGCGGCGCGAAGGGUUGUGAGGUCGUUGUCAGCGGAAAGCUGAGGGCUGCGCGUGCUAAAAGCAUGAAGUUCACCGAUGGUUUCAUGAUCCACUCUGGUCAGCCAGCCAAGGAUUUCAUCGAUGAGGCCACCCGUCACGUCCUCCUCCGCCAGGGUGUCUUGGGUAUUAAGGUCAAGAUUAUGCGCGGCUCAGAUCCAGAAGGAAAGGCUGGCCCAUCUAAGUCUCUCCCCGACUCCGUCACCAUCAUCGAGCCAAAGGAAGAGCAACCCGUCGUACAACCCAUGUCUCAAGACUACGGUGCAAAGGCCCUCGCUGCCCAACAGGCCGCAGAACAGCAGAGACUGGCAGAGCAGCAGGAGGGUGGUGAGGCGCCAGCAGAGGGCUAUACUGAGGAAUAGAGUAGAGUAGCAUGUGAGGAUAUGGCUGUGACCUAAGAGGGCGAAUACGGACAGGGUAAACGAAUCCUUGGGUGAAAAGGCAGCGAUGAUGCAUGAUCAAUCUUCUUUGCAUUCGGAUGGUUCCUUUGACAAAGGAGGGUUUAUAUGGAGUCUAGUGCUGUGUACUCUUUCAAUCACCCAACAAAUUCAGAACAUGGCUUCUCGCUACUCUCUUUUCUCGAUUUAUUCGUGCUAGUAAGACAGGUGGGUUGUUGUGCAGAAGGACCAUUUUCAGCUUAGAGCACGCUCUCUUGAGCUUGCUACUCAUAUAUAUGCAUACGCC